CCCGCGAACAAUCAACUGCUCCAACACACAAAGUCGCAAUGAAGUUAAAGCGCGCCAAGGCGUACAAGAAGCAGCUCCAUCAAUACGAACUCAACUUCGGCUUCCGCGAACCCUAUCAAGUCCUGCUUGAUUCACAGAUCCUCGAAGAUGCCUACUCGUGCAAAAUCGACCUGCUCGCGCGACUGCAAAAGCUGCUUGGCGCGCAGGUAAAGCCCAUGAUCACGACUUGCGACAUGCGACACCUCUACAACGCAGAACCGAAGAACGAGACCCUCAUAUUACAAGCCAAAGAGUACGAGCGCCGGCGGUGCAACCACCAAGACUUGGAGAAGCCGCUGAGCACACUGGAAUGUCUGAGCUCUGUAGUGGACCCCAAGGACAAUGCGACCAACAAGCAUCGAUAUGUGGUUGCGGCCAACGACCCGGACACGCGCGCAAAAAUGCGACAAAUCGCCGGCGUGCCAAUCAUAUACCUGUCCAAGUCUAUAGUUCUCAUGGAGUCUAUGGCUGAGGCGACGGAGCAACAUCGCGAGCGAGAGGAAAAGUCAAAGUUCAAACUGGGGCUCAAAGGCCAGCGGAAGCCAGACGAGGCGCCCAAGAGGAAGAGAGAAGACGAGGGACAAGCUGGACAAGGCGAUCAAUCUAUUGAAGAUCAAGCUACUGGAGACGCGAGGCCCAAGGCGAAGAAGCGCAAGGGGCCCAAGGGACCUAAUCCGCUGAGUGUCAAGAAGCCGAAGAAGGAGAAGACGGCCCAGCCAAGUGCUGCCAAGAAGACGCGACCAUCCACAUCAGAGACCGACGGUGACAAGAAGAGAGGCGAACGUGAAGAUUCUGCGCCUCGCAAGAGGAGAAGGAAGCACAAGUCCAAGGCUGACGGAGGCGGGGAUGCGCCGGAUGGAGGAGAGCCUUCAGAGCCAACUUCGCCAUGAUAGCUAGCAAAAGGCUUAGGUUGAGGUCUGGAUCAAAAUGCGAUACCCGAACCACUGGACACCGUCAGACCAGAUCUGAAAGCAAAAGUUGAGAGGGCGCAACCUACCCCAGUUGUAUGCCAUUUAUAUUACAAGAUAAUUAGGGUGCGCGCGGUGAGGAAGAACAUGUGCCUAGGGAGCUUAUACUCUUUUGCCCUGUGCAAGGAGAUCAGAGACUUUGGGCGGAAGGAUAAGCGCACUGCGGUCAUUGCGCUUCACAAACUCGACCACGACUUCAGCCGUCUUUUCAGGGAGGUCUUCGUGGAGGAAAUGACCAGCGGCGGGAAAAACUUGGAGUUGGAAUUUGCCUGCAU